AUGAAAAAUGUGCAAACGAAUACAGAUAAGAAAUGUUUUCGAGUGUUUUGUGUAAAGGAGGAUGAAGAAAUUGCGAAUUCAAUGAAACAGAAGGUUAAUGAAAAUGCUACUGAACUUGCAAGGAUUGAGAUUAUGAAACGAGCACCGAAAGUAUGGAUGAGAGACAUGAACAUGUAUAAUAUAAGCAUGAAUAAAAGCAAAGAAUGUAGAGAUAAUGCUGAAGCAUAA